UUGGUAGUUACAGCUUCGAGACGUCUACAGUAACAACUAGCUUUUUGCAGCGUUGUUGUUAAAUUUUGGCCCAUUAAUCUCAGCAAUUCCCCAAGGUUAUAAUGAUGAUGAGUCUUUAUUGAUCACAUAUACAUUACAGCACAGUGAAAUUCUUUUCUUCGCAUAUCCCAGCAUGUCAGGAAGUUGGGGUCAGAGUGCAGUCUCAGCCAUGAUACAGCACCCCUGAAGCAGAGAGGGUUAAGGGCUUUGCUCAAGGGCCCAACAGUGGCAGCUUGGCAAUGCUGGGGCUUGAACCCCCGAACUUCCGAUCAGUAACCCAGAGCCUGGCAGUGUAUAAGGAGUUUUGUGUAGGAAUAUAGAUAAUUGCGGUUCUUAUUAUUCUCUUUGCAACUAAUGUUCCUGCUGCUUUCAGGUUGUCCUGCAAGUCCUUUUGAGUGACUCAUGGGUUCUCUUGUACCUUCCUUAUCAUUAAUCUUGGAUGGUUGACCUGUCUGGAGACUAUUAGUUGUGGUUCCAUGAAUCUUCCACCUGCAUAUUACUGUACCAAUUGUACCGUCAGGGAUGUUUAAGGUUUGUGUUAUGUCUCUGUAGCUUUUCCAUUUGAGUCUUAUUUAAUAAUGUCCCCGAGAGCUUUAGGAAGCUUCUUCAUCCUUAUCGUGAUUGCUACAUGUUGUGUGGAAUCUUCCCAACUGAUGUCAACACUUUUUUAUAACGACACCAGACACAAUUUACAUGAGAACCUGUCGUCCCUUCCCGUCCCACGCCUUUGUUUGAGUUGAAAAACUCAAACAAAGGACUAGGGCAAGGCAAGCUCAAGAUGAAUACAAAAGCGGCUCACAGUACAAACACAUCAAUAAAAUACAAACAAAACACAGAACGUAAAUUAGGGGAACACAAAACAGGUGAGCACAAACACAGGAAGUGAGGCAGAGAAUAUUCCAGACUUUUAGUGAGGUUGACUUCUUGCAGUCUGGGAGGGGAAUUGUCCAUGGUGGGUGUGACAGUUUAUAUAACAGCUCUGCACUUCAGAAAUAAAUAAUGUUAGACGGGGAAAGGAAAACAGCAGACGCUGAUACAAAAGCUCCAACCGGACUCAGUGAAGUUAGAGAUAACCAUAAAAAGAGAACUGCAUAAGCCUUGCAAUUGAACAUCCAGAAAGGCACAAGAUGGACAAGAAGGACGAACCCAUGAGUUUUAACGAAGCCGUAAACAAGGCAGCCGGUUCAAUCCGGCGCUUUCCUCUGGUUGAGGUACAAGGCGUCCCACUCAUGAAUUGGAUAGCUCAAAACUGGAGCUCCAUUUGGGCUUUCCGUCCAGAUCCAUCUGAUUUGCUCAUCUCCACCUACCCCAAAGCAGGUACCACAUGGACCCAAGAAAUAGUGGAUCUGCUGCUGCAUAAUGGAGAUGCUGAGAUUUGUAAGAGAGCUCCACCCGCACGCUUCCCAUUUCUGGAGAACCAUUAUCCUCCUCCAAUUCCAUCAGGACUGGACCUACUAAAAACAUUGAAACCUCCCAGAGUCAUAAAGACGCACUUACCCAUACAGCUGGUGCCUGAAGGAUUCUGGGAAAAUAAAUGCAAGGUUAUUUAUGUGGCUCGAAAUGCUAAAGACAACCUGAUCAGCUACUACCAUUUUGACCAAAUGAAUCUGAUUCAUCCAGAACCAGGUUCAUGGGAAGAAUAUCUCCAGAAGUUCAUGGAGGGAAAAUUGGCCUGGGGAUCUUGGUACGACCAUGUGAAAGGUUACUGGAAAGAAAGAGAGAAGAGAAAUAUCCUUUACAUGUUCUUUGAGGACAUGAAAGAGAACCCUCGUCGAGAAAUAGUGAGGAUCAUGCGGUACCUGGACCUGUCGCUAUCUGAUGACAUCAUCGACAAGAUCGUGGAGUUGACAUCCUUUAAUGUCAUGAAGAACAACCCAAUGGCCAACUACUCAUCUGUCCCAAAGAUCAUAUUUGACCACUCCAUCUCUCCUUUCAUGAGAAAAGGGGAGGUUGGAGAUUGGACCAACUACUUCAAACCUGCUCAGUCCCAGAUGUUUGAUGAAGACUACGCCAGAAAAAUGGCCGACGUGAACAUUCCCUUUCGCACCAGGAUAUGAAAGACGUCGUUGACAUGAAUCUAAACUGGUGCUGUAAUGAACGGUUUACUAAACACAGAUAUGCAAAGAUCAUUUAUUAGUCUAUGAAGGAUUUGUAAAAAGUAAAAAUAAAACUCUGUAAAAGAUUCAGUUAUCUUUUAAAUUUGUACAGGGUUACAGCAUGAAGAAAUGAAUAAUGAGUCCGAUUUAAUAAUGUGUCAUAAAUAAAGGCCAUUUUAAUAUUAAAAGUACAAACAAUAUAUAUGGAUUUGUAUCCUUGUCCAGCCUGAUGAACAUCUUUUUCUAGGUCCUCAGAAAUCUGCUUUGUUCGUGCCAUGAUACAUUCCCACAAACGUGUGUUGUGAAGAUCAUACUUUGAUAGAACCCCGUGCUUUAAAUAAAACAGGGCACUUCCUCACUCACACCUGAUUGUCAUCCCAUUGAUUGAAAACACCUGACUCUAAACACCUAAUUUCACCUUCAAAUGAACUGCUAAUCUGACACGUUCACAUACUUUUGCCACUCACAGAUAUGUAACAUUCGAUCAUUUUCCUCAAUAAAUAAAUGACCAAG